UCCUACGAAAACCACAAGAGAGCAGAAUUGGUCUCAUUUGAUGACAUCGACUAUGAGGAUCUUUCUCAGGUUCAAAAGGCCAGGACUUCCAUGAUGAAGGAGCAGUGGAUCAGGAGUGAAGAGUUGAAGAUCGCGCACGAAGCCUUGGGUAAGUGCAAGGUGUAUCAUGGUAUUGAUGCCCAGCAAAACUGCAGACCAUUGAUUUUGAAAUACUUGAAGAUGCUUGAGACCUACCGAUUGCAGGGCUACUUGGGUUACCAAAAGAAUGACCCAUCGCAAUAA